CUGGUCGGGACCCGGGCAGGUUCAGCUGACGCCGCACUCCACGUGACGCUCGCACCGAGUGAACAUGGCUUCCACCGCACGCCCUUCUUUUUCCCUGGGGAAUGAGACCCUGAAGGUGCCACUGGCCCUGUUCGCCCUGAACAGGCAGCGCCUGUGUGAGAGGCUGAGGAAGAAUGCAGCGGUCCAGGCUGGCUCAGUUGUUGUGUUGCAGGGCGGGGAGGAGAUGCAACGUUACUGCACCGACACCUCUAUCAUCUUCCGCCAGGAGUCCUUCUUCCACUGGGCCUUCGGUGUCAUCGAGUCAGGCUGCUAUGGUGUCAUUGAUGUGGACACUGGAAAGUCAACCCUGUUUGUGCCCAGGCUCCCUCCUAGCUAUGCCACCUGGAUGGGGAAGAUCCAUUCCAAGGAGCAUUUCAAGGAGAAGUACGCUGUGGAUGACGUCCAGUACACAGACGAGAUUGCCAGUGUCCUGACCUCCCAGAUGCCCUCUGCUCUCCUCACCCUGCGUGGUGUCAACACAGAUAGUGGCAGUGUGUGCAGAGAGGCCUCCUUCGAGGGCAUCAGCAAGUUCAAUGUCAACAACACGAUUCUUCACCCAGAGAUCGUGGAAUGCCGGGUGUUCAAGACAGACAUGGAGCUAGAGGUUUUGCGCUACACAAACCGGAUCUCCAGUGAGGCCCACCGUGAGGUAAUGAAGGCUGUAAAAGUGGGAAUGAAAGAAUACGAGAUGGAAAGCCUGUUCUGCCACUACUGCUACUCUCGGGGCGGCAUGCGCCACACCUCUUACACCUGUAUCUGCUGCAGCGGGGAGAAUGCGGCCGUGCUGCACUAUGGCCAUGCUGGGGCCCCCAAUGACCGGACCAUCAAGGACGGAGAUAUGUGCCUGUUUGACAUGGGUGGAGAGUACUACUGCUUUGCUUCUGACAUCACCUGCUCCUUCCCUGCCAAUGGCAAGUUCACGGAGGACCAGAAGGCCAUCUACGAGGCGGUGUUGAAGAGCUGCAGAGCGGUGAUGAGCACAAUGAAGCCAGGUGUCUGGUGGCCUGACAUGCACCGGCUGGCUGACCGUAUCCACCUGGAGGAACUGACACGCAUCGGCCUCCUGCGUGGCAGUGUGGACGCCAUGCUCCAAGUCCACCUGGGAGCAGUGUUCAUGCCACAUGGGCUUGGCCACUUCCUGGGGCUCGAUGUGCACGACGUGGGAGGCUACCCUGAGGGUGUAGAGCGUAUCGAUGAGCCUGGCUUGCGGAGCCUGCGCACAGCAAGGCGUCUGGAGCCAGGCAUGGUGCUGACUGUGGAGCCGGGAAUCUAUUUCAUUGACCACCUCUUGGACCAGGCCCUGGCAGACCCAGCCCAAGCCUGCUUCUUUAACCAUGAGGUCCUGCAGCGCUUCCGAACCUUUGGUGGGGUCCGGAUCGAGGAGGACGUUGUGGUGACUAACAGUGGCAUGGAACUGCUGACCUGUGUACCUCGGACCGUGGAGGAAAUUGAAGCAUGCAUGGCAGGCUGUGACAAGGCCUUCACGCCCUCCUCUGGCCCCAAGUAGAGCCAGCUGUGGUGUGCGUCUGCCCACAGCACCCCAACAGCAAGAGGCAGCGCUCAACAAAGCAGAUCCUGAAGCUCACGUUAGAUUCUUCCAGAACCAUCACUGCCUUUCCAAGGGAGACUAGCAUUAACCUGCAAGAUCACAUCCCUAACCUUGACUUUGCUUAAAUGACUGACUGCGUGAUGAUUGAAAAAAAAUCUGUUAAGUCGCAACUCAAUUCUCUUGAUGCCAUUUAUAUCCAUGUGCUCAGGAAAGAUGCACUUAUGCCUGUCUUCUCCAAAUAAAAAUCAAUAAGCAGAAUGGAAUUUGCAAUAAAAGCUUUUCUAAAAUG